AUGGGAGGCAACGAGAGUAGCCAUCCUAAACGGGUUAGCUAUAAGUGGGUUUUCCAGUGGGUUAUAAGGGGGGACGUGUGGGGGGGACACAGUUUUUGGUUUGUUGGUCUCAUACUCGACACACUAUUCUCCUACAUCUCGGCCCCACUAGUCGUCUACUCUGUCUACCGGUGCUAUCGAUCGAUGACAGCGACGCCGCAUAUGUCCGCUCUGGAGGCCAACACCACUGGUCCCACACCUCCGCCACCCCCACUCCACACCAAUGAGUCCGACGACAGCACCACACCUACACCUCCACCACCAGCGCCUCCUUUGCCGGGCUUAACAGUAGCUCCGCAUCCGACGCCACCACCUCCUCCGCCACUAAUGCCUCCCUCAACGCCUAUACCUCCGCCUCCACCACCCCCUCCUAUGAUGGGUAUACCUCCGCCGCCUCCACCACCACCUCCUAUGCCCGGUAUGACAGCCAUACCUCCACCACCGCCGCCCCCACCACCCGGAAUGAUGGGUGGUAUACCUCCACCGCCACCCAUGCCUGGUAUGAUGGGUGGACCUCCACCGCCUCCCCCUCUACCCGGUAUGGGUCCACCACCCCCUCCUCCCAUUCCCGGCGCACCGCUGCCCCCAUCUUUGACGGGCCCCCUGCCAAUGCCAGCCCCUCCAGAGGGCGGUUGGAACGCCGUCUACGCCCAGGCCCGCAAACAGCCGGUGAACCCGAGCGCACCCAUGAGACCACUGUUCUGGAGUCGCAUUCAGAUACCGGUGACGACGCCUCAGCCGGUGGUCACUCCACUCACGAGUCCCGAAGAUCCGGACAGUAAUGCCGAUUCGGAUGACAGUCAGAGCCAAAAGCCUCAGCACUUGUGGGAGAAUAUCGAUGAGUCCACGGAUUGGAUAAACGAUGAAUUCGUUGAACUUUUCUCACGACAAGUGAUCCAAAAGAAAGUGAAGUCCAAAGAGGAGGAGAAGCCCAAGAAGAAGAUCAAAGAGGCGGCGAAUAUCAUUGAUUCCAAGAGAGCCCAUAACGUGGGGAUACUUAUCAAGAGUUUGCGGCUGAAUAUGGAUGACAUCGAGAACUCGGUCUACAAUUUCGACAACUCUGUGGUCGACAACGAAAUGUUGGAACGGAUUUUCGAGGUGAUGGCCACCAAAGAGGAACUGGAGAUGAUUCUAAAGCACGUGCAGAACAAUCCGGACAUUCCUCUGGCAAAGGCCGAAGAGUUUUUGUAUAAUUUGUCGCAAAUUCAUGAGUUCGCAGAUAGAGUUCAGGCGAUUGUCUAUGAGAUUAAAUUCAGCGACCAUUUGGUGACAAUAGAGAGUCGUUUGAAUAACUUUAAGAUAUUGUGUCAGUCGUUGACCACA